AUGACAAAUAUUAUUUUUAAAAUAUCAAGCCUUGCUGUUCUUUUAACUAUAGUUUUAGGAGAUAUUGUAUUAUUAUAUGAAGAUAUUGUUUAUAAUCUUUCAUCUCUUGGAUGGACUAACUUCAAAACUCUAUCAAGCUUUACAGCUUUGAAGGAAUCAGAAAAUGGUUGCUUAGGUCCUUACGAUAAGUAUACUAAAUCUGCUUAAAAGACUUUUGGAGGUAGUUUUCUUCCACAUUGGAGUAUUAGCUUUGAUCUAUUUGCUUAUUAAAUGGGUGAUUGGGAUAGCAGUGAAUUUGUAAGUGUUAGCUUAGAUGGUGUAGUUGUUGGUACAGCUAAUAAAAUAGGUAGUUGCGAUAUUGAUUAUCAAAAUGGAUUUUAUGUAAAUGAUUAAUUAGUUAUAUUUCAUAUUAACACUACUCAUACAGCUACAUCAGCAGUGAUUAAAGUAUAACAUAAUUUGAAAUACUCUGAUGCUAUUGAAUGGCUUUGCUUUAAUGAUAUUAGGAUGUGGAUUGAUACAUGUGAUGAAACAUGUGCUUCUUGUAAUGGUCCAGCUCCUAAUUAAUGCACAAGCUGCCCUACAGGCGCAACUUUGAAUGCAGGUAAAUGUACUUGCCCUGCAGGUUAAUAUGGCUCUAAUUAUUAAUGUGUAACCUGUCCAGCUGGGACUUGGGCUGACUCUAAUUUAAAUAAAUGCGUUCCUGCAUGUAUUGCUGGGUAAAAUUCUUGUAGUGUAUGUAAAGAUUAAAGAUCAUGCGAUUAAUGCAGUGGAGGAAAAGUAAGUUACAAAGGUGAUUGCAUAAAUAGCUGUCCCUUUUUUUAUGAUUCAAGUGCUGGUACUUGUUAACCGCUUGAAAAAAGCUUUCCGAGAGGACAAACUAUUUAUUAGGGCUUAGAUGGAAUUAUUGAUUAAACUAGUGCAGCUCCGUUUACUUUUAGCUUUACGAAACACCAUAAUCCUAAUUAGAAUUUCUAUGUUUGCAGUAAUGGUGUUAGGAUGCUUGGAGGCUUUGAUGUAACUGGAUCUGGUAAUUUUAUCUAUUAUAAAUCUGGAACAAUUCCAUAUCAUUGGAAACUUAGAAUUAAAGUAAAAGUAAUUUACCUAGAUUCAUGGGAUAGUGAAUAUUUCUACUUGAAAGUUGAUGGGAAAGCAGUUAUAUCUGAUAGAAAAGAUGCAUCCGAUUUUUCAGUUAAUUUUUGUGGAGGAGCAAACAAAGGUUGGAAAGAUUAGAUAGUUGAAUAUGAUACAACUAUAAAUCACAGUGGAACUUCAUUCAUUUUAGGAUUUGAAACUAAUUUAGAUGAAAGUGUAACAAACGAAUCCUUCGGAAUUUCCAAUUUGAUAGCUGUAAUUGAUUUGUGUCCAAACUAAUUAUGCACAACGUGUACUGAUAAGAUUUGUUUAACAUGUGUAAAUGGUGCAUUUUUAGAUAGUACAAGUAUCUGCGUAACAACAUGCCCAGACGGAACUUUUGGAAAUAUUUAAACUGGAAAAUGUGAAAAAUGUAGUCCUGUAUGUUUAACUUGUAAAGACUCUCCUAAAAAUUGUACAGCUUGCUAACCUGCCAGAGGGCCUAAAGCUGUUCUUCCAGAUUGUGCUUGCUAGUCAAACGAGUAUGAAAACCCUCCAGAUCCAACUUGCAAAUAAUGCUCAUAUAAAUGCUUAACAUGUACUUCAAUUGUUUCAAAUUGUACUACUUGUGCUGCUAAUAGACCUAAAACUCCCUCCUGCAAUUGUGGCGAUGGAACUUUUGAAUAAGAUAAUUAAAACCCUGUAUGUGGAAUAUGCGAUAAAAAAUGUUCGACUUGUUUUGGAAAAGCAGAUAAUUGCUUAACAUGUAAAGGAAAUAGAAUUAAAGCUCCUAAAUGCAUAUGCCCAGAAGGUACAUUCGAUGAUGGAGUCAGUUUAAAUUGCAUUCCAUGUAAUCCAAAGUGCAGAACUUGUUCAGGGAAUCCAGAUAAUUGCACUUCUUGUAGUUCAAAUAGAGCCAUGCCUGAUUGUACCUGUCCUGCAGAUAAAUAUGAUGAUGGUUCUCCAGUUUGCAAAGUUUGUUCUUACUAAUGUGCUACUUGUGCUGGAAGUGCCAAUAAUUGUACCUCUUGUGCUGGAAAUAGAUUACCUCAAACUCCUUAAUGUCCUUGUCCCUCCAAUUAUAAUGAUGCUGGAUAUGCUAAUUGUGUUAUUUGUGAUCCAAAAUGUAAUACAUGCUCUACAGAUUCUAAAAAUUGUGUAACUUGUGCAGCUAAUAGAACAUAAAAUCCACCUUUUUGUACUUGCCCUACUGGAACCUAUGAAAAUGACAAAGCUAAUUGUCCAUCAUGUAAUUACAAAUGUAGUAGCUGUGAUAAAGCUGAUAAUAAUUGCACAUAAUGCUCACAUGACACUCGUACUAAUGCUCCUACUUGUGAUUGUAAGGAUGGGUAUUUUGAUAAAGGUACAAUAGAUUGCGGAGUCUGCCCUAAAAAGUGUAUUAAAUGCAAAUCUCAGACUGAAUGCACAAUUUGCUCAACAAAUAGAUCAAACCCACCUUAGUGCAGCUGCAACGAUGGAUUUUACGAAGACUCAAACAGAGAAUGCAGAGCAUGUCACCCUAAUUGUACUAGAUGUACUGGGCCUGGACCAAACUAAUGUCAAACAUGUGCAGGUAACAGAAUAGAUUUCCCAACUUGUAAAUGCCCAUUAGGCACAUACGAUGAUGGAAAUCCUACUUGCCCUAAAUGCAAUUCUGCAUGUUCAUCUUGCUCAGGCCCAUCAGUUAAUGAUUGUACAUCUUGUUCUGGAAAUAAAAUAUAUGAUUCUUCUUCAAAUAAAUGUGUUUGCCCAAAAAACACUUAUGAUUUAGGAAUUGGAUAUUUCUGUGCAUAAUGUAACAUUUUCUGCGAUGGAUGUUAAGGAAGCCCAAAUAAUUGCAUAAAAUGUGCUGGAGGCCGCAUAGGCUUCCCUUCUUGCAAUUAAUGUCCAGAUGGAACAUUUGAUAAUGGAGGUCUUACAUGCUCUAAAUGCAAUACUAAUGUAUGUUCAACAUGCUCAUAAUCUGCUUCUAAUUGUACAUCUUGUGCUCCAGGUAGAAUUAAUCCUCCUCAAUGCACAUGUAAAUCAGGUACAUUUGAUAAUGGAAUAAGUUGUGAAACUUGUGAUCCAAUAUGCAACUCUUGUGAUAAAUCAAAGUAAAACUGUACUCUAUGUAUUGCAGGACGAAGUGGGGCUCCUUAUUGUGGAUGUAAUGAGGGGACUUAUGACGAUGGAGUUAAUGUAGCUUGUUAAAAAUGCCCUAACUAAUGUUAGACUUGCUCUGGAUCUAACUCUUGCACAUAAUGUAGAGGUGAUAGAAUUAACUUGCCUAGUUGUUAGUGUCCUUAUGGAAAAUUUGAUGAUGGUGUAAGUGAAAUGUGCAGAGACUGCAAUCCAAAAUGUGGAUCUUGUUAAGGAACAAGCGAUAAUUGCACUGCAUGCAAAGCAAAUAGAGUUAAUUUUCCUAAAUGUGAAUGUCCUGAUGGUUUUUAUGAGACAGAAGAUUUUAUUUGUGCUCCAUGCGAUAAAAAAUGUGGAUCUUGCUCUGGAUCAUCUACCAACUGUCUGAUAUGUUCAGGGAAAAAAAUAAAUCCACCAGUUUGUUAAUGCCCUAAUUAAACCUAUUAUGAUUUAGUUUUAAAAGAUUGUUCACGCUGUUUCCCUACAUGUUAUACCUGCACUGGCAAAUUCCCGAAUUAAUGUCUGUUAUGUUUACCUGGUUUUAUCAUGAGAGAUGGAAUGUGUUAGGGUGAAGUGGGCACCUAUGUUGAUUAUGAAUCUAAUUAAAUAAAAAACUGUAAUUUUACAUGUUAAGAAUGUGAGAGUAAAUAAGAUAGAUGCAUUAAAUGUGAUAGUUCAAAGAAAAGAAUAUUAUUAAAUAAUUCUUGUAUUUGUAUAGAAGGAUAUACUGAAAAUGAACUUAAAUAAUGCAUUCCAACCGUUAACCCUGUUCAAAGCAAGUGCAUUUUACCAAAUGUUGGAUUUGGUAUUUAUUAAGAUUAAUCAUGUGAAUGCCCAGAUGGAAAGUUCCUUAUUGAAAGCUCUGGAAGAUGUGCAGCUUGCCCUUCAAAUUAUUGUAAAACUUGCAAUGCUUCAUCUUGCAUAACAUGCCAAGAUGGUUAUGAGUUAAAUGCUAAGGGAUUUUGCUUUAAAAGAGUUACAGACUAAUCAGCAUAAAUUGUGCUAUUAAUUUUCUGCGGUUUAGCUUUAAGUUUUGUUUGUAGUGCAGGCUUAGUUUACUUUUUAAGGGGAUAAUAUAAAUUCUUUAAAAUUAAAGUAAUUCCAUAAGCAUCUAAAAAUAAUACUAGUACUGUUUUAGAGGCAAGUACUCUAAAACUUCAAGAAUAAUAAUCGUUAUCAAUCAUUAAUAACAUAUGA